UUAAUUGGCUUAUUGAAUUUGUACACAUCGCAAUAAAGAAUCAUGCAACUUACUUUUGCUUCUUGGUUAAAUACGUACUGGUGCUCUUGUACCUCCCUCUUCAUCACCAUCCUCUUAUUCUGGCUUUGUUUGCUAAGUGAGAUUCUCCAUUGAUAGCCGAGCUUGAAAAUGAGCUCUUGCAGUUUGAAAUGCUCCACAAAUCGACAUGGGUUGGAGAACAUAGAUGAAAAUGGUGGUACGAGUAUUGGGGUAGCGGGUUUAUGUGCCCCGCCUCCUGAAACUCCGACGGAGUCCAUGGAGUUUCUGGCGAGAUCAUGGAGCCUUUCGGCUAUGGAGAUCUCCAAAGCUCUUUCUCACUCGCAUGUUGCCUCUAAGAGUCUUGAUCAGAAUAAGUCGGCAUUCUCUUAUGACGGCGCUGCUGAAACUCGCCAUUCAAGUUCCAUACGUUUGAGCGAAUCAUCUCUACCUGGUGGAGUUAGCCCUCCGAUUUCGCCAAGAAACAGUGAUGAAAUGAAGGAGUUGUUUUUACUACAUCAUGCACUUCAUCCAGAGUUCCUUUCCACUCAACAACAAUUGAUCAAUAAUGGGCUAUACAAGAGCAUGUUGAGAGGGAAAACAAUGGGGAGAUGGUUAAAAGAUCAAAAGGAGAGAAAGAAGCAGGAAAUGAGAAGCCAAAAUGCACAGUUGCAUGCUGCAGUUUCUGUGGCUGGGGUGGCUGCUGCGGUAGCAGCUAUCGCAGCUUCAACUGCAUUGCCUGAAACUGAAACAUUGGCUACCAGUGUCCACUACAAAACAGCAACAUCCGAGAGGACUGAAAUUUCGACAGCACUAGCAUCUGCAGCUGCUCUAGUAGCUUCACGUUGUAUCGAGAUUGCAGAGGAGAUGGGAGCUGAUCAUGACCAUAUUCUAUCUGUUGUUAGUUCUGCUGUUAACGCGAGGACUAAUGGAGACAUCAUGACCUUAACAGCCGGAGCUGCGACAGCUUUACGAGGAGCUGCUACACUCAAGAUAAGGCUACAAAAGGAGUAUGGAGGCACUACCUUUGCCCUGGCCGAGGAAAAAUGUGAAGGAAAAGAAUCAAACUCAGCACUGGACUUUGUCUCAAGAGGAGGGGAACUUCUCAAACGUACAAGGAAAGGUGAUCUCCACUGGAAACAAGUUUCUUUCAACACCAACUCAAAUGGGCAGGUUGUAGCUAAAAUGAAAAGCAAGCACAUGGUGGGAACAUUUACAAAGAAGAAGAAAUGUGUGGUCUCUGGAGUCUGCUGUGACAUAACAGCAUGGCCGGGAAGGGAGAGGGAAGAUUGCAGCAAUCCAAGGGCAUACUUUGGCAUCAAGACAGCUGACAGGACAAUAGAAUUUGAAUGCAGAAGUAAAAGGGACAAGCAUAUGUGGACCGAGGGGAUUCAGAAUAUGUUGAAUCUCAUACCAACAUAAUAUGAUUCUAUGAAAGGUAAUUUAGAUUGAUGUGAAACUAAAUUGUCAACUUUUUCACAGCAAUCAAUGUGCACCUACUAUCUCCAAAUCCUAGAUAUACAUAUGGAUAGCAUGGGUAGCACUCAAAACUGUUGGCUUGUACAAAGUGAUGUAUCUGCAAAUUGGGAUGGUGUAUGUUCUCUCAUGAGCUGCUUCAAGAUUUCUAUGAUUGGCAGAUUGGAAUAAUCUAUGGUCAACUGUGUCACAAAUCUUCAAUGGUCUCAUUUGGAUGUGUGGUAAUGAUGCUGUUACUCAUUCUA